AUGGCUGUCUUUCUACUCUUUAUAUCAGCAGCCAUCCCUCUUUUCCUCUCGUUCAUCCUUUUCAAACUUAGAAAGUCUAGGUCAAGGCUCCCACCAGGUCCUCUUGGACUUCCUAUAAUCGGAAACUUGCACCAGCUCGAUACCUCCCACCCGUCUAACCAUCUCUGGCAACUAUCAAAACGCUAUGGCCCGCUUAUGUUUCUACGUCUUGGUCGUGUCCAAACGCUUGUUGUUUCUUCGGCGCAGAUGGCCAAGGAAGUCUUGAAAACAAAUGAUGCGAUAUUUUGUAGUAGGCCUGUUUUCACAGGCCAACAGAAGAUCACUUAUGGAUACAAGGGUUUAAUCUUGACGCCUUAUAAUGAUUAUUGGCGAGAAACGAGAAAAAUUUGCACCCUUCAUCUAUUUACCACGAGAAGGGUGCUUUCAUUUCGUGAUGAUCGUGAGGAAGAAAUCUUCAUCACGAUCAACGAGAUAAAAUCUCGAAUCGCCACUUCUGUGUCGGAAGUCGUGGUGAAUCUGAACGAGACAGUAAUGGCUCUUACAAGUAGGAUAAUUUGUAGGAUGGCUUUCGGUAAGAUACUUGGACAAGAAACGAGCCGAUUUCAUGAGCUGCUUUUGGAGUGUCAAGCGGUGUUGGCAAACUUCUAUUUUAGGGAUCAUUUUCCAUUGAUGGGGUGGGUUGAUCAUCUCAACGGAAGCAUGGCUAGGCUAGAGAAGAAUUUCAACGACAUGGAUGUGUUCUACCAAGAACUUAUCGACGAGCAUUUGAAUCCCAAGAGGCCCAACAAAGUGCAAGACGAUAUCGUUGACAUCUUGCUUCAGCUCAAGAACGACGACUCUUGUUCCCUCGGUCUCACUUUCAAUCACAUCAAAGCUAUACUCAUGGAUAUUUUCUUGGCAGGUACAGAGACAAGUGCAUCAGCUGUGGUAUGGGCGAUGACUUUUUUGAUCAAGAAUCCGAAAGCUUUAAAGAGGGUUCAACAAGAGGUUAGAAAUGCAGUAGGAAACAAAGGAAAGAUCGAUGAAGAAGACCUACAAAAUUUCGUUUAUCUAAAAGCAGUAAUAAAAGAAUCACUUAGAUUAUGCCCAGUAGCGCCCCUCUUGGUCCCACGAGAAACAAUAGAUGCAUGUAUUUUAAGCGGAUACAAGAUUCCCAGUAAGACUUUGGUUUACGUAAACGUAUGGGCCAUUGGUCGAGACCCUGAAUAUUGGGACAAUCCAGAAGAGUUUCAUCCCGAGAGGUUUAUAGGUAGUAAUAUUGAUUAUAAAGGGACAGACUUCGAAUUGAUCCCAUUCGGGUCAGGUCGAAGAGGGUGUCCAGGAAUGUCACUUGGAUCUAUCACAAUGGAACUCGCACUGUCGAAUCUUCUUUACGCCUUUGACUGGAAAUUGCCUCAUGGGAUGAAGAGCGAGGACGUCGACACCAUUACAACUCCCGGGAUAGUUCUUCACAAGAAAAACAUGCUCAAUCUUGUUCCCAGUUAUCGUAAUUGUAAAACUUAAUAUUCUAUUCGUUUAUGUCAUUUCGUCAUUUAUGUCAUUUGUAAAACUCAAUCUUGUAUCAUUACACGAGAUUACAUAAU